AUGAGGAUCGUUGUAGCGCUGGUGGUUGUCCUAGUGGCGCUGGCCGUGGCCGACGCAAAGUGCAACAAGUGCAAUCACAACGAGUGCGAAUGUGAGCUGAAGAUUGCCCGCGGGCCAACGCCUCAAGUGUUCCCAUUUUUCAAGAAGAAAAAGUGCAACGUUACUAAGCCGCUGGAGCUGAAGCCGACGCCGGACGUUUGCUCCUGCGAACAGGAGUACCGCAUUCGUCCCUCCUGCUCGGAGCACAUCGAACCGAAGUUUGCCAAGUCGCGAUCGUGCGAGUGUGGUUUCGAUCAUCAUCCAGCGCAACCGAAACCGUAA